AUGGAGAACGAGAAUAAGGCGCUCCGCGACCAGAUGAGGGAACAUCAACAAAGGGUUGAUAAAAUAGCAGACGCCCCGAAACUGCUACCUAAACAGGACGUCGACCGGUUCGUCAAACAACCAUACAACGAGGAGGCAACCCCACAUGCCAUACCCAAAACCUUCAAAAUACCACCAUAUUUGAAGAUAUACGAUGGCACAACAGACCCCGAAGAUAACAUCAUUCAUUACCUUAUAACAAUAAAAGGCAACGACCUUUCAAAAGGGCAGGUACCAUCAGUGUUGCUAAAGAAGUUCGGCGAAACCCUAAUAUGGGGAGCCUUGACAUGGUAUUCACAAUUACCAGCACGUUCAAUAACAAUAUUCGAGGAAAUGGUCGACAAGUUUGUCACCACCCACGCAGGGGCUAAGAAGGUGGAGGCUAGGGUGAAUGAUAUAUUCGCCAUCAAGCAAUUACCUGGUGAGGGAUUCAAGGACUUUCUCGCUCGGUUUAACAGAGUAAGAAUAAGCUUACCAAACGUAUCAGAAGGGAUGGCGGUGGCAGCCUUCCAAAAUGGGUUAAAUAGGAAUGGUUUGAGAGCAACAAGAAAGUUGUUAAGCAGACUCAUGAAAUACCCUUCCACCACUUGGGAAGAAAUUCACAACGCCUAUUACACUGAGGUAAGAGCAAACGAGGAUGACCUCAACGGUCCAACCCAAUGGCUAAUAUCGGUCCAAGCGAAGUCGAGGAAAGUUUGUCAUAACAAAGGUCGAAGAGACCAUUCAGGUCCAUGCCUCAACCGAGACAGGCACCAACCAUAUGUUAGAACAGCCAUGCCACCAUCUCCUCGCCAUAUGGAAGGGUCGUCCAGGCCACACAUAGGGACUCAGCGAAAUGAAAGAGCGUACGCACUAGAGAAGCUCGACCCGAAGGUAAAGUGGCCACAAAAGAUGAAGUCUGACCCAAGUACCAGAAAGUCCAACAUCCUCUGUGAAUUUCAUCAGGAGCGGGGGUCACAAAACAGAGGAAUGCAUAGCCCUAUGGCAAAAAGUGGUGAACAUGCUUCGCCAAGGACACCUAAGGGAGCUGAUGAGUGA